AUGUCCCGAAACAAUUCUAAUUGGAAUAAACGUGAUCACCCAAAUUGGAAUAGCAACAGAAACGAGAGAUCUUCACUUCCACCAGGCUUAAAGGGGCGGGAAAUUGGAUUAUAUUUUAAAAGACUUCGAAAGGAUGUGAAACAAAAAAAAGAAAAUAUUAUAUCCUUGACAAUUCCCAACCCUGUAAUUGCAUCAGUUAUAAGUAAUCUGCAAGAAAUAAUACAUGUUGCAAAAGAGCAAGACAUCCAGCUGCCCCAAAUAAUUACAUCUUCUAUUUUUGGUACUAAAGACUUUUUUAAUAAAGGUACUUUUGACGAAAAGCUUGAGAAAUGUCUGUCUAAAGGUAUAAGUAUAAAUGUCACAGACGAUUUUACAAAUGAACUUAGUCAUGCUUUUCAUAAAGAAUACAAAGAAAUGAUUACAAGAAAUAGCUAUAAGCGGUUAUUGAAAUUCAGAGAAAUAUUACCAACAUAUAAGAAAUCUGAAGAAAUCUUAAGUCUUAUAAAUAAAAACCAAGUUGUUGUCAUUAGCGGUGAGACUGGCUGUGGAAAAUCAACACAGAUUCCACAGCUUAUAUUAGAUGAAGCUAUAAAGAAUAAUAAAGGCGCUAAUGUAAAGAUAUUGGUAACUCAACCACGGAGGAUAGCUGCUUCCUCUCUUGCCAUGAGGGUUGCACAAGAACGAGGAGAGGAGAUGGGUAAUUCUGUUGGGUAUUCAGUGAGAUUAGAAAGAAAAGAAGAGAGAAGCCGUGGUAGUAUACAGUACUGUACCACUGGUAUCCUUUUGGUUGAAUUAGAAGUAAAUCAGGGUCUGACUAACUGGAGUCAUAUAAUUUUGGAUGAAGUACAUGAGAGGGAUUGUCACGUGGAUUUAUCUAUGUGUAUGUUAAAACAGGUAUUAAAGAGGCGAAAAGACUUGAAACUUGUCCUAAUGAGUGCUACUCUGGAUGCUGAGAAUUUGUCCGCUUAUUACGAUAAUUGUUCUAUUAUGCAUAUAGAGGGAUUAGCAUAUCCUGUUAAAGACGUGUUUAUGGAGGAAAUUCUUCAGUUGACAAAAUACAAACUUCCGGGUAUAACAACAACACAAAAACAAAAAAAUCGACCUAAAUGGCACCAGUAUAGGAAUAGAAAUCGUGCGGCAGGAGAAAUGGAGAAAGAUAUACGCUAUAAGGCUGAAAUAGCUGAGUGGUUAGAAUCGAAGAAAAGAACUCUUGAUAUGAACGUAUACAAGACACUUCAAGACUCUAGAAUUGAAGAUAUGAACUUGGAGCUGAUAUUAGAACUUUUAAAGUACAUAUGUAAAGGAAAUCCGGGCGCUGUUCUGAUAUUCUUACCCGGUAUCGGCGAAAUAUCUAAGUUAUUGAGAAUGAUGAACGAUACCAACUUCUUUACUAGCAAUUGUUACGAAAUUUACCCACUGCACUCUAAGUUGCCGACUCUUGAACAACACAAAAUAUUCGAAAGGCCUCCAGAAAAUGUUCGUAAAAUCAUAAUAGCCACAAAUAUAGCAGAAACGUCCAUAACCAUAGAUGAUAUUAUUUAUGUGAUCGAUUGUGGAAGGGUUAAAAUGAGCGGGUUCAAUGUUGAGGAUAAUAUAUCAACACUGAAAAACGAAUGGGUUUCGCAAGCUAAUUUGCGACAAAGGCGUGGUCGCGCCGGUCGUUGCCAGCCUGGCAUUUGCUACCACAUGAUGACGUCAUUUCGCGCAUCGAAACUUGACGAGCGAAUGUUGCCCGAGUUGCAGAGGAGUAAUUUAUUGGAGCCGGUGCUCAGUAUAAAGAGGUUGAGGCUGGGAAUAGCGUGUGACGCUUUCAGUAUGAUGCCUUCACCUCCCUGUCCAUCUACUGUGCAAUGGGCUGUUAGGCAUCUGCAGCAGUGCGGCGCGCUGGACACCCGCGAGACGCUGACGCCGCUGGGCUGGCACCUGGCGCGCCUGCCGCUGCACCCGGCGGCCGGCAAGCUGCUGCUGCUCGGCGCACUCUUCGGCUGCCUGGACCGCGCCGCCAGCCUCGCAGCCGUCUGGAGCUUCAAGGACCCCUUCCAACUUGUCAUCGGCAAAGAGAGAGAGGUCGAUGAAGCAAAACGUAGCCUUACGUUGGGGGAGCCAAGCGACCACAUUGCGGUAUCCGAGGCAAUUUUACAAUGGGAACAUUGCGUAUCGCGAAGACAUAAACAUGAUUUCGCUUACGAUCACUUCCUGUCAAACAACACUCUGGAGCUUUUGGUUGAUAUGAAGAGGCAGUUGGGUGAUAAUCUAAAGCAAAUGGGUUUCCUCGCAUCGGGCGAUGUGAAGUCAUCAUGGGAGAAUCGAAACGAAAAUAAUUUGAGCCUUUUCAAAGCGAUCGUGGCUGCAGCUUUGUAUCCUAAUAUAGCAUCCGUCAGAUGGUCCAACUUGAAGUCAAGGAAGCCUAAUAAACAGAUUAAUGUAUAUGCAUAUACUCCAGAGGAAGGCAAAACGUCUUUACAUCCUAGUAGCGUAAUGGCCCUUCCCAAGAACACCCCAAAGGGUUAUGGCCGGGUGGUUAAGCUAUGUGACAAUCCAGGCGCUAACUGGCUUGUGUACUGGUUGAAGCAACGUUCCACCGAACUUUUCCUUUUUGAUGUCACUUUAAUAUACACACUGCCCCUCUUGUUUUUUGGCGAGUUUAUAUUUAGCGAUGUGGAAGAAGAUAAUUCUGAUGAAUGUUUCCUGUCAAUAAAGACCACGAAAGUAAAAUGCUCAAGACAAACAGCAGAUCUCCUCUGCAAAUUGAGAUCAUUACUAGACUUGGUCCUGGCUUCUAAGAUAACCUCUGUCGAGCAUUCAACACAUCACAGUAAAUUUGAAGAGGAAGUGAUAAACGCUGUUACUAAUCUUAUAACGGCAGAAGACGAACAAGCCGAGUAUUUGGAAGAUGAUUUUUCGGAAUCGGAUGCUUCGGAGAGCGAAACAUUUAGAAGAUUUUAA